UUUCUUUUCGUUGCCAGUCUCAAAGAAAUGCCUUCACCUCAGUCACUGCAUCAGCUAUUAUACCGAACUCUCUGCAGAAACCCUACCCGAAUCUCAUCUCUUCAUCUCCAAAUCCCCGCCAUUCGUUCAUUGCUCCAAACAAGGUCACACACUCUCGUCCCUCCAUCAACUCCCUCACAUCCCUCCGAGAAAUCCCCACCGUCAGAUCCCAUCCAAAUCAACGGCCGCAGCAACAGCGCCACUACAAAUCCCGUUCCUUUCUCUUUGAAAGAUCUCGAAAUCGCCGCUGCUUAUCCAUGUCUCGAAACAGGAUCACACGCAGACAUCCGUCCAUCGCCUCCCGCACAUUCCUCCGAGAAAUCCUCACCGUCGGAUCCCAUCCAAAUCAACAGCAGCAGAAGUGCCGCUAGAAAUCCUGCUCCGUCUUCUGUGAAAGAUAUCGAAAUUGACAAAUUCGCCGCCAUGGCGGAAUCAUGGUGGGACAGUGAUGGCCCCUUCAAGCCGCUGCAUUCGAUGAACCCCACAAGAGUCUCUUUCAUUCGUUCCAUGCUUUGCCGCCAUUUUGGAAAAGAUCCAUAUUGUCCCAGACCUCUCGAAGGAUUGAAAAUUGUGGAUGUUGGUUGUGGAGGAGGCAUUCUCUCAGAGCCUCUGGCUCGAAUGGGAGCUAUUGUUACUGGCAUUGAUGCUGUGGAGAAAAACAUCAGGAUAGCACGCCUCCAUGCUGGAUUGGACCCACUGACUUCAUCAAUUGAAUACUGUUGUACAACAGCAGAGCAACUGGUUGAAAAACAGAGAACAUUUGAUGCUGUGAUUGCACUUGAGGUAAUUGAGCAUGUAGCCGAUCCCUCUGAGUUUUGCAAGUCAUUGGCAGCAUUAACUGCUUCUAAUGGAGCCACUCUGAUCUCUACAAUUAACCGCUCUGUGAGAGCAUAUGCUACUGCCAUCAUUGCUGCUGAAUACAUCCUCCAUUGGCUCCCAAAAGGUACACAUCAGUGGUCAAGCUUCCUUACUCCAGAAGAACUAGUAUUAAUCCUGCAACGUGCAUCCAUCUCGGUCCAAGAAAUUGCUGGGUUUGUCUACAACCCUUUGACAGGACAAUGGUCACUAUCUGAUGAUACUAGUGUAAAUUUCAUUGCAUUCGGUACUAAGAACAGCCAAUAGAUCAUUAUUACUUAGCUUGUUUGAUAACAGGUACCCCAAUCUUUUUUCUUUUUGUCUGUUAUUUUUUUUUUUCCCUUCCCCCCAGCAUCAUUGUGGUAAGGGUCAUAAUGCUAGAGGUAUCGUCAGUGCAGGGGGGAGGUCAUAUUCUUCUCUACCGUAAAAUCAAUUUCUGAUGGAACGAAAAAGACAUCUGGUAACAGUGGAGCGGAAGAAAAAAAAAAGGCUCAAAACGGUGGGGUGAAAAAUAGGACUCAAAACAUUGGUGUAGCUGUGUAGGGUCAUAGCAACUUUUUUCCGAUGAAGCAUGUGGCAUCUGGGGUUGCAGUUCUCUGACCCAACAGUCAUAUAAACUACACAGUACAUUUUGGACCUCUUGUAAAUGAUCUUUCAAUUUGUACACGACGUCAACAGCACCUAGUAGCAGAUCUCCCUGAUGUAUGCCAGGCAAGGUUUCUUGGUUUC